GCGCUGCUGGUGUCGCCAUGGUGACGGGGUUGUUCCCGGGGAGGCUGUGAUCGGUUGACAGGUGUGUGACAAUCGGAGCUUUCUGCAAGCAUGUACGCCAAAGGCAAGAGUAACAGCGUACCGUCCGACAGCCAGGCCAGGGAGAAGUUAGCUCUAUAUGUGUAUGAAUACCUGCUACACGUGGGGGCACAGAAGUCCGCUCAAACGUUUUUGUCAGAGAUAAGAUGGGAGAAAAAUAUCACAUUGGGCGAGCCCCCAGGAUUCCUACACUCUUGGUGGUGCGUAUUUUGGGAUCUGUACUGUGCUGCUCCAGAGAGACGAGAAACCUGUGAACAUUCAAGUGAAGCGAAAGCCUUUCAUGAUUAUAGCGCUGCAGCUGCACCCAGUCCUGUUCUAGGAAAUAUGCCCCCGGGGGAUGGAAUGCCAGUGGGUCCAGUUCCUCCUGGAUUCUUUCAGGGUCUUCCAGGUUCACAGUCAUCUCCACAUGCACAUCACCUACCUCACAACCUCAACAGUUCCAUGAUAGGACCCCACAGUCAGCCCUUCAUGUCCCCUCGAUAUCCAGGUGGUCCCCGGCCUCCAUUAAGAAUACCUAAUCAGGGUCUUGGGGGCGUUCCUGGAAGCCAGACACUACUUCCCAGUGGCAUGGAUCCAUCAAGACAACAAGGACAUCCAAACAUGGGUGGGCCAAUGCAGAGAAUGAGUGGCCCCCGAGGAAUGGUUCCUCUUGGUCCACAGAGUUACGGAGGAGGGAUGCGACCGCCACUGAACGCACUUGGUGGCCCUGGGAUGCCUGGCAUGAAUAUGGGUCCCGGUGGUGGAAGACCAUGGCCAAAUCCUGGCAGUGCAAAUUCAAUAUCCUACUCGUCCGCGUCUCCUGGGAAUUAUGUGGGUCCUCCUGGUGGUGGCGGACCUCCAGGCACACCGAUUAUGCCCAGUCCAGCAGAUUCCACAAACUCUGGAGACAAUAUGUACACAUUAAUGAAUGCAGUACCUCCUGGCGCCAACAGACCUAACUUCCCUAUGGGGCCUGGAUCGGACGGCCCUAUGAGUGGAUUAGGUGGGAUGGAACCGCACCAUAUAAAUGGCUCAUUAGGCUCAGGGGACAUGGACAGUAUUUCCAAGAACUCUCCGAACAACAUGAGCCUGAGUAACCAGCCAGGCACACCACGAGAUGAUGGAGAAAUGGGUGGAAACUUCCUAAACCCCUUUCAGAGCGAGAGUUAUUCCCCUAGCAUGACAAUGAGUGUGUGAUUCAUCAUCAUGUCUCGUCAUGAAGACUGCAGUGAGUUAGCCCUCUUCACAGACCUGCCCUUGAGGAGAACCAUUCAUCACCAUGCCAUUUAACUUAAGGAUCCUGGUCCCCGUCACAUGAAACCUUUUUUUUUUCUAUAUCUUGCCAUUUACACUGUUUGUGAAGAAGCGGGUCCAAGCGUAAAACUCAAGAGACUGUAAAGAGUGGCAAAUGUAAAAAAAAAUUGCCCUAAACUGAACUGCAAUUUAUCAUCUGUACAUAUAUAUAUAAAUAUAUAUAAAUAUAUAUAUAUUCCCACAGGACAUUGUAAAAGGAUAUUAUCACAUGCCAUCUUAAGUAGCGAGACAUAGAGACGUCUGUUCCAUCUUAUUUUAUUAUUUUUCUCCACGUUUACAUUUUUGAAUUACAAAUUGUCGCAUUUUCUCCCUGAACUAUUUUGUGCUGUGUAUAUCACUGCUUAAUAAGUUAUUUUUUAAGGUAAACUCAAAUGUUGUUCUGGUUUUUGUAAAUGUCUGCAAUCAUGGAUAGGAAUAAAAUGCUUACGAGUGCUUUUAUUAAAUUGCUUUUGAUACAAGUUA